AUGAAUCUGGCAUCAGCCCCACUAUUAUCGUCGUCAUCAUCAUCAUCUUCUUCUUCUUCUACCCUAUCAUCAUCACCAUCUUCAUCAUCUUCACCAAGCUCACCAUCCUCAUCAUCUUCACCAUCCUCAGCACCAUCUUCAUCAGUCCCACUAUUGUCAUCAUCAUCUUCUUCAUCUUCUUCUUCAACACUAUCAUCUACACCAUCUUCAACACCAGCAUUAACAUCACUGUUAUCAUCUUCAACAACACCAUCUUUACCAUCCUCAGCCCUAACAUUGUCGUCAUCAUCAUCAUCAUCUUCUUCAACACUAUCAUCUACACCAUCUUCAUCAACAACAUUACCACCAAUUUCAUCAUCAUCACCAUCUUCAAUACUAUCAACAACACCAUCUUCAUCAUCAUCUUCAUCAUCUUCAACAUCAUCAGCAGCACCAUCUUCAUCAGUCGCAUUAUUGUCAUCAUCUUCUUCAACACUAUCAUCUACACCACCUUCAUCAUCUUUACCAUCUUCAUCAACAACAUUAACAUCAAUAUCAUCUUCACAAUCCUCAGCAUCAUCUUCAUCAGUCCCACUAUCUUCGUCAUCUUCUUCUUCUACAACUUCUACAACAUCAUCUUCACUAUCUUCAUCACCAAAAUUACUAUUAUCAUUAUCAUCAACACUAUUUUCAGACCAUCUUCAUCAGUCCCACUAUUGUCAUCAUCAACACGUUCUUCUUCUUCUUCAACACCCAUCUGCACCAUCUUCAUAUUCAUCACCAAAAUUAACAACAUCAUCAUCAACAUCUUCAGUAUUAUCAUCUCCACCAUCUUUAUCAUCUUCACCAUCCAUAGCACCAUCUUCAUUAGUCCCACUAUCGUCAUCAUCAUCAACCCAACAAUCACAGCCCUUAGUAUCAGCAACCUCUACAUCAUCUUCCUCAUCCUUACCAUCAUCAGCAAACUCUCAGCCUUCAUCACCAUCCACACUAUCUUCAUCACAAACAUCUUCAAUGCUACUAUCUACACCAUCCUCAGAACCAUUUUCAAUAGUCCCACUAUCUUUGUCAUCAUCACCAUCAAUACUAUCAUCAGCAGCACCAUCUUCAUCAAUCGCACUAUUGUCAUCAUCAUCUUCUUCAACACUUUCAUCUACACCAUCUUCAUCAUCUCCACCAUCUUCAUCAUUCAUAGCACCAUCUUCAUCAGUCCCACUGACAUCAUCAUCAUCAUCAUCAUCAACAACAACCCCAGUAGCACAGUCCUCACUAUCAGCAACCUCAAAAUCACCUUUCUUAUCCUUACCAUCAUCAGCAAACUCACAGCCUCCAUCAACAUCCCCAUCUUCAUCCCCAACAUUAACAUCAUCAUCAUCAACGUCUUCAAUACUAUCUUCCACACCCUCCUUAUCAUAUUCACAAUCCUCAGGACCAUCUUCAUCAGUCCCAAUAAUGUCAUCAUUAUCUUCUUCUUCAACACUAUCAUCUGCACCAUAUUCAUCAUCUUCAUCACCAAAAUUAACAAGAUCAUCAACUUCAACACUAUCAUCUCCACCUUCUUUAUCUUCACCAUCUUCAUUAGUCCCACUAUCGUCAUCAUCAACCCAACAAGCACAGCCCUCAGUAUCAGCAACAUCUACAUCAUCUUCCUCAUCCUUAUCAUCAUCAGCAAACUCACAGCCUUCAUCACCAUCCACACUAUCUUCACCACCAACAUCAUCAAUAAAAUCUGCAAUGCUACCAUCUACGUCAUCCUCAUCAACUUCACCAUCCUCACAACCAUUUUCAACAGUCCCAUUAUCGUCAUCAUCAGCUUCUUCUUCUUCAACACUAAAAUUCACACCAUCUUCAUCAUCUUCACCAUCUUCAUCACCAAAAUUAACAUCAUCGUUAUCAUCUUUACCAUCCUCAGCACCAUCUUUACCAGUCACACUAUCUUCGUCAUCAUCACCAUCAAUACUAUCAUCUGCAACAUCUUCAUCACCAACAUUACUAUCAUCUUUAUCAUCAACACCAUUUUCAAUACCAUCAUCUACACCAUCUUCACCAUUCUCAGCACCAUCUUCAUCAGUCCCAGUAUCAUCAUCAACCCAACAACCACAGCCCUCAGUAUCAUCAGCCUCUACAUCAUCUUCCUCAUCCUUACCAUCAUCAGCAAACUUACAGCCUUCAUCACCAUCCCCACCAUCUUCAUCACCAACAUUAACAUCAUCGUUAUCAUCAACAUCUUACUAUCUUACACUACCAUCAUAUCCACCAUCCUCAUCAUCUUCUUUUUCAACAAUAUCAUCUACACAAUCUUCAUCAUCUUCAUCACCUUUAUCUCUAUCAUCAUCAACACCAUCUUCAUUAUCAUCAUUAACAUCAUCAUCAUCAACACCAUCUUCAAUAGCAUCAUCAACACUAUCC